CAGAAGUAGCUCCUCCUUAGUACUUAAAUAAGUCACUUCUUAGUUUACACUGCAAGUACUAGUAGAUAGCUAAAGAACCACACAUGCUCUUGACGAAAAGAAUUCUCAUCGCCUCUUUUAGACCAGCUAGCCAUGAAAAAGUGAAGGGAAAAAGGAAAGACAUUCCCCUAAAGAAGCAAAUCGUUAUUUUACUUUGCACAUACUAGAUAGCUAAAGAGAAUACACCAGUUCUUGAUAAAAAGAACUGCCAUUGAGAAGGGGAGGAGAAAACUCAAAAUGAAGAAAAAGUAUAGUCGAACUUCUUUUUAAUAUUUUAUAUAAGUAAAAAGUGGUACUUAAACUUUGAUGCCUAUUAUCCAAAUUUAAGUAAGAAAAGGAGAUCCACAUUUUGUAUGAUCAUUUGAUUAGAGAGCUUAACUUUAACAUUUGUAGGACACAGAUUCUUCAGCAUUAACCACUGCUUUAUGCAACCACAAUGGAAUUCAUGCCCACAAUCCAAUAUGCCCAUCUCAUCUCCAGGCAUGCAACCUAGGUAUGCAAACCAUGCAAGGAACUUGACCUCUCCUGUUUUGUUUUCAACUAGUGACAACUUGGAUGCAUAUUCAAACGAUACCAGAGGUCAAACUUUGGUUCACGACACCAUAGAAGCUGAGAUUAGCACAGACGAUGAUUUUUCUGGUACCGAAGAUCUCCUGGAGUCAUCUGAAGCUUCAUCAGAAGAAAACUCAGAGGGGCAAAGUGAUUUUGACCUACCGAGCAACAGACCUGGCACUGAUGUGGUGUUGGAGCCAGAUUAUUUAUCUGCUUUAAGUUUUAUUGAUGAUGGUCUUUUGCAGAAGCAGAAGUUUCCGCAAGAUGAGAUUUCAUGCUCUGCAGAAUAUGUUUCGUGUAAAUCAUGUAGAAGGAUGGAAAUAUCUUCCACGGAUGUUAGUAACAGUGAAAGAGCUGCAUGUGACAGUUCUCUGCCCUAUAGAAGUGGGGAACAAAGUACGCUGCAGGAUCUUGAUAACCGGAUCACUAAUAGUUGCCACAAUACUUGCUGUCUGUCUGAUUGCUUUCCAGGAAAUCUUCUGAAUAUUGAUAGGAGGAGCUCUCAGAGUACAUGGUCGCAUGAAGUUGAGAUUGAGCCGGAAGUAGGCAGUUGUAAAUUUGGUGUCCAGUUGCCUAACAACGUAGAUUCUAGUGGUUCAGUUCUACCUCGAAAUCCUUCAUUGCCUGAGGCUUAUGAAAAGGAUCAGCAUCCAUAUAGAGCUUGUACUUUUUUAAGUUCAACAAGUUUGCCAUCAUGGAAGCUGAAGCAUAACUCCGACUUUCUAAGCAUGAACCCAAUUUUGGCUAGAAGUUCUCUUGUUAACCCAAAGAGGGAGCCUGAACAAAUGUUCUCAAGAGAUUCUAGGCAAUCUUUUCCUUUUUUUAAUUUCACAUCUAUCAGAGAUCCUUGCGAGGUUUAUAUAGAAAAGUUUGCUGCCAAUUCUAGAGAUCAGUUAGGAGCUGGGGUUUCUGUUUUGACUGGUACAGCAGCUACUGCUGCUGUUCUUACUAGUUGUCAACAUAACUUAAAAGAUCACUCUGAUAAGAACUUGGAGAAAAAGGAAGAGCUGUCUCAUACUUGUUCCCCUGUAGGUUCCGAGGCUCACAUUCAAAAAAUCUCAUCAUUGGAAAAUGCUGCUGGUGGGAGUGGUUGGGAGAGACUGCUUGCUAAUUCUAGCAAGAUUGCCAGUACAACUGCUAGAUUUCCGAAGACUAGUUUGGUGACAGUCCUUGAGAUGCCACUGGAUCAUAUUAUCAAAAAGUGCCUGUUGGAGGAGAUUUUGCUUCAAUACAAAUACUUGAGCAAGUUAACUAUACAAUUACUUGAUAAAGGUUUUAGUUUGCAUGAACAUUUGCUGGCUCUAAGGAGGUAUCAUUUUAUGGAAUUAGCAGAUUGGGCACAUCUGUUUGUCAGCUCUCUUCAGCAUCAUAAAUGGUACACCGUAGAGGCAGAAAAGAGAAUAUCAGCAAUUCAGGGCAUUCUUGAGUUGUCAGUUCAGAGAUCUUCUUGUGAAGGGGACCCUUAUAAGGAUCGUUUGUUUGUCUAUGUGAAAGGGAGUAUGACAAACAUCUCAGUUUCUGGUAGAGGAACAUUUUAUGGAAUCCACUCCUUUGAUUGUUUGGGUUUGGGUUAUCGAGUAGAUUGGCCACUCAGCAUCAUAUUGUCUCCUGGCGCACUAAAAAUGUACUCGGACAUCUUUAGUUUUCUGAUACAAGUCAAGCUUGCUGCUUUCUCUUUAAGUGAUAUAUGGCGCUCAUUAAAGGAUCUCUCUAAAUUGGACAAGAAGAAUCAACAUUUUGCGUUUGGCAAUGCAGAACCAAAGCAACUGUCCAUCUUAAUUGAAACAAGCAAUAUGUACAAUCACAACUAUCUCAUGUGUCCUGGUGCAGAUUCAUGCAUUCUCUUAAGGAUAAGGUUUGGAGCACCUUCUGAUCUGGGUUUUAAUGAAUUUCACCUUUUCCCCCUUUAUUUGCUGUUUGGUUUGUGAUUAUCAGCCUCUUGCUAGUCUUAAUCUUGUGCAUUUCAGUAUCCUACAAUAUGCUUUAUAUAAUGUUGUUUUAGAAUGGUUCCAACUUCUGAAGCUGAAUCAAGG